CCUAGUACAAAUCUAAAUGCGAAAAAGAGAAAAGAGGAAAAUAAAGGCGAAGUGAAAAUUUCAAGGUGCUUGGGUCAAGCUGUGGGCGGUGAAGAGCUGAUGGAAUUUAUUACAGAAAUGGGAGUCGUGUUGCGACAAUAUGCACCACUUAAUGUUAACAAAUGGGCUGAAGUACCUAUGCAUUAUAAGGAUAAGAUGUGGGAUGAUUUAAUGAGAAUGUCGGAGCAAAAUAAAGCAAAUCGAGCAAAACAAUCAACCAGCUCAAUCUGUGUUUAUAAAAGAGGUGAUGAUAACAUAUACAUUUUUGUGCCGCCUUGCAGUCAACAUAUAUAUUUUUUGUGCAAAGGCGCUAGUUCGAGUGUCCCGACCUAGCGGGAGGAUCGCGGCAAGGGCUUGGCGCCCUAGUGGUACCAGUUGGUAGCUUACUUUCCUACUUGCAUUAGUUCACCCUGUGCUUAUAUUUUGAGAGUAGAUGUUGUAUAGGGUGAGGUUUUCGAGAGUACUUGAUGUAUUUACUUUUUGGAAAAGAUUGAAAAACAUGUAUGAUGGUUUAAAGAGUUUAAUG